AUGGAUUGUCAUUUUGUAAUUCUACGUCAAUUAGUUAUUAAAUAUUAUGAUUCGAUAAUUAUUUUAAAUCAAUUAGAUUUAGAUCGAGAGACAAUGAUCGCAAUUGGAAUUAUUGUUGGUUCAGAUCAUAUAAAAGGUAUUUCAAAUACUACUAUUAUAACAGCUUUAGAAAUUCUACAAGAAUUUCGUGAACCACCUAUCGAACGAUUAGAAAAAUUUCGCUUAAUAUUUAUCUUAUAA